AUGGAUGACUAUGUCGGUGACCGUUCGUUCGACUCCAGAAUGGACUGGACUCCUCAGAAAGCAGACCCUCCUUUCAAUCCCUAUCCCGGCCAGUAUAUGCCCGGCGGUUGGCCAGCCACCCCUCCUCCCCAAACCACUGGUGUCUUCGCAAGACCUCGACCACCAGGCGUGCUUUUUCCAGCGGCUAAGAGAGUCUGCCACGGUCUAGCUUCCACCAGCCAGACGGUUGUCGACACUGCGGCGGUUCCCGUGUAUGGAAUUGUGAGACGAGUCAGAAGACAACAACACAUCAGACAGUCAACACCACAGCGUCCGACACGCACGCAGCCACAUACCCGAGCUACAGCACCACUGACAGAGUCACCAUGGCUUCGCGCGAAUGCCUAUCACGAUGCUCAACUUGCAGCAAUGCAGGCUCAAGUAGUGACAUACAGCCCUGAGAUUACAGAGACACAGGCUGAGUGGGAUCUGCCAGACAUUAAUCAAGUUCAAGACCCAGCAACCGAUGAGUCCAAGCCAUACAUCAUGUGGAACAAGCGUCGCCGGCGUCCUCAUCGUUCGGUCACCCGUCCUCAUCCCGCGCUUCCUCCUCAAAAUUCAAUCAAGAGACUCUACGGCAUCCCCGAUCUCAUCCCAAAGAGUACUGUCGGCAAGAACAGAAGUCCAAUUGGCAGCAAGGAAGCUCCAACAAACAAAAAGAGAAGCCCUGCAAGUCCCGAGAGAAAGCUCGAUGGCACUCUUGAGAGUACUAUGUCAUGGCAAGACGCAGUCGACAGCGUUUCGACUCCAUCCGGCCCUCGUCCAGCAAUCCGCGGACAGGUCAGCGAUCCUACAUCUGUAGACACGGCCCUCCUGCAGGCUAGCACGGACACGAGGCACGGACCUUCUGGUUUCCCACGGUUCAUCUCCUUGUCUACAAACACAACAUCUGCAAACAGCAGCACAAAAUCAGCAGCCCCUCCCAAUGGAAUCAAUCUCACCAAUUUCCAUUCAAACUCCUCUGUGCAGCAUACUGACGCUGAAACACCUCCCGCAAUCAAUACCUCUCUCUCAACGUCAUCCCAGCAGCUUGUCGAUGCCACUGAAUCAGCCAGUACGCAAGCCUCAAAUUCCCACGUCACAGACCAGCAGCUCGUUGAAUAUCUUCGAGCAAUUCGAGAACUGGAAACCUACCCCACAGACUUCCUGCAGCAGUCAGCAGACUUCGAAUCAGACUUCGACUCAGAGACCAAUACAGAAACCGAGAUUGACAGUGACAGAAACCCUGAGCCAGAUUCGCUUCCAGCCCUCUUACACCCCAAUACGAUACAGCAGCAAGGCGAUAUUGAAUCGACCAAUGCGCUGGACAUCUUCAACCCAAACACAACACAGCAGCAAGACGAUCUUUCGAUCUAUGCGCUGGACCUCUCACUACCUGACACCACACAGCUGCAAGCCGAUCUUUCGACCCAUGCGCUAGAUCUGUCACUUCCCGACACUACACAGCAGCUGGUUGAUUCUGCAUCGACUACUGCGCUGAGUAUGUCUCCUUCGGAAGGUUUACAGCCACAAGUUGAUGUUGGACUCACUUCUGCGCUGAACACCUCCCCUUCAAAAUCAUCCCAGCCGCUCGUUACCAUUUCCAACGGAACUAAAGCGCUGACCCCCCACCCCAUCAUCAAGGCUAAAGCCGAACCUCUUGUAUCCUUAUCUCCCAGUUCAAAUACUGGCGAGUAUUUCACCCCUCCACGCAUCAGACAUCGUCGCGUCGAAGUCUUGUCAUCGGCUCGAAAAUCUCCUAAUAAUUUUCUUAUCACUGAAUCUCCCGAAUCCGACAUCUCCUCCUCAUGCCCAUUCUCUCCUGGCAAUCCGGGAUGGGACCUUCCUAACAUGAACGGUCUGCAACCCCCAAGUGAGAUUGAAACCGGAUCUGAGUUUCUCAAUAUCAACAAUACCAUGCACGAAUCAAUUCAUCACGAGAAGUCGCAACCCAAUCUGUCUCUAAAUUCCCACUGCGGAUCUGUUACACCUCUCCCCUCCAUACGUGUAACAGGCGGUGGCUCCCCCAUUCCAAACAGAGAACCAUCCACAGAUCUUGGGCGUGAUUCUUCAGUUGCAACAGGCAUCCCCAUUGAUCCAUUGUUGUUCGAAUCACCAGGACUUCUCACCAUUGAUGACAAUGAAAUCCAAACUGCAGACACAAGAGAUGCUAAAGUUGUUGUCACACAACCGAUCAGCCUUCUUAAUCCGAACAGUCUCUCCAGCAACGUUGAUGAGACGCAAGAAAGUGGCCCAGAGACACAACAGCGUGAUCCUGAGGUACAAAUUAGUGAUCCAAAGACACAGCAAACUGGUCUGGAGACACAACAUAGUGGUCCAGAGACGCCACAAGGAAACAUUAUUUCGAUCGAGCAAGACCUCUACGAUCUUUUUGAUCCAUCAGACCUCUCCGAUUCUAUCAUAGUCAUUGAUUCACCCAUCAAGACUCCUUCAAACCCACCACCUAGAACACCUGAAAAAGCGCAUCGAGAGAGAGAGAGUGGCUUAUUGGACUCAGGGACAAAGCAAUCACAGCUCACAGAAUCAUCACCAGUGACACCAGAGCGAGCUUUAGCCCAGCUCAACCUAGAUGAAACAUUUGAUCCAAGUACAUCCACCCCAAAAGCUGGUCUACAUUCUGAUGCUAGAGACAAAAGAGUGACAAGAGCAGAGGCCAAACGAUUAGAAUUGUUGAAAGAAGUGCAGCAAUAUAGCAUUGGCCCAUUGGAUGAAGAGUGGGAGAGUCGGAUUCAAACCGCAUUGAAGAACGGUCAUGACAUGUACAAGGCCACAGAUCUGUUACGCGUUGUGCCUUUGAGAGCAGGUCAUGGCACAGAUAACUGGUUGAAUGACGAGGUCAUUAACGGAUACCUAAAACUGGUCACUGCACAUGGAAAGCGGAACAACCGUCCUGCGCAAACCCCGACACAUCACGCGUUUGCUUCAUUCUUUUACACCAACCUUGCAAGCAAGGGAUAUGAAAGUGUCAGGAGAUGGGCAUUGAAAGCAAAAAUUGGAGGCAAGAAUCUGUUGGAAACCGAACAAGUCUUCAUUCCAAUCAAUAGUGGUAUGCACUGGACACUGUGCGUUGUGUCAGGAAAAGAAAAGACCAUCACACACUACAACAGCCUGAGUGGCAACGGCCAGGGAUACGUGAACACGAUCAAGGAUUGGGUGAAAACGGAGUUGGGAACCCACUUCGUGGAGAGUGAAUGGGCUGUCAGAGCCAGAGGAGAAUCGCCCCAACAGGCGAAUAUGGAUGACUGCGGUGUGUUCGCCAUUACGAGCGCCCGCCAGAUAAUGUUGGGACUGGCUCCAACGAGCUACAAUGCCAGCCAGAUCCCACUGCAACGAAAGCGAAUCAUCGCUGAACUGAUCAAUGGAGAACUGAUCAAGAGUAACGAGCAAUGA